CAUUUGAAGGCAAAAUGUUUACAAUUUGGGAACGGAACCUAAACGGCAGAAUCAAAUGCUGAAGCAGUUAUAUAAGGUAUCUGUAGCCGUUUACCGAUACAUUCACAUGAGCUGGGAGGGCAGCAUGCUAAUGUAUCAGAUAGCAUACAUGUUUGGUAAAACCUCCUGGCACUCUCCUCUUCUUCACCUGUCAGGAACCAGGCUUUCUCAUGCAGAGGAGGAGGAGGAUGAAGAAUCGGACAGACUAUCUUUUUCUGACCAGUGGGCAUCUUCAAGUGUGCCUGGAAAACUAAAUUUGGCCAUAAGAAAAAUCCUUGGUGUAAAAGCUGUCACCCUGUCCACAGGUUUGUCUGUGGGUGUGUUUUUCCUGCAGUUCCUGGAGUGGUGGUAUUCCAGCAAAAACAAUGCACCAUCUCUGUUGGCCCUGCCUAUACCUGAUCCCCUAAAGGCUGACAGAGAUUUAAUUAAAACUUCACAUGAUGUUUGUCCAUUGUGUCUGAAAACUCGCACAAACCAUACAGUACUUUCAACAUCUGGGUUUGUGUUCUGUUAUACCUGUAUCUAUGAUUACAUCAAACAGCACCAAUGUUGUCCAGUCACCAGCUAUCCAUCCAGACAGCAGAACCUAAUCAAACUGUACCCUCCAGAUUCCUGAACUAGAUCCGAAUGUGAAAUCCAUGUCUAUUUGGCUGUGAUAGAUCUCAAGGGUCAGAGUUGAGAUAGAUGAAGUAAUUGACUUGUGUGAAUGUUGGACAUGUAUAAUUUGCAUCUAAUCUUGCAGAUGGUGAUAUGCUUUAAGCAUCCACUGAACUUUACACUUCUGCUAUCAUAACUAGUUUAUUUGUACUCAGAAAUCAAGGCUAGUAUCCAAUUUCAGAUCAAAUUAUUAACAGGUAUCUGCAAAUUAAAGGUGUUGCUCAACUUGAUAAAAUGUUGAAUGUAGUUGACUUUUCUAUUUAUCAUAAUAUAUUUUCAGUGACAGCUAGUCACCAAAUAUCAGAUAAUCAUUACAUAUAAUAGGAAGAUAAAAGUUUUCUUUUGUCUGAAAAAGAUUUUAUUAAUUUAUUAUUACAUCAGUGAUUAAUGUAAAAGUGAUGUCAUCACAGAGAACGACGAAGUAUGUUUUAGAGGUAAAUGAUUUCAGUGUUGUUUGUUAAUACUCAGUUUUUGGAAUCGAGAGUUGUUGAUAUUGAGGAAGAUUUGCUACUACAUGUAUGUGUAUUAUGUUUUCAGGUUUAUUAAGAUUUAUAUACAGUGAGUAUGAAUUAAAUCCUGAAAAUAUA